CUCUUAUUAAUAAUUAUGCAGAAUCUCAGUCAGGCGAUUCCAAAUCUUCAGAAAAGCUUUCAAAUGUUGUGGAUGGUGUUUCUAUGAAAUCAUCUAAUACGGACUAUCAAGGCCACUUUGAGCCCCUGAUUUAUGCAAAGUAUCCUUAUGGAGAGAAGAGCCUUGGGUUAUUUUCAACUUAUGGUUCUCAAGUUUCGGGCCGUGUUAUGCUACCACUGAAUUUGACCUCUGAUGAAGGCCCGAUAUUUGUCAAUGCGAAGCAGUAUCAUGGGAUACUUAGGCGUAGAAAGUUUCGUGCAAAGGAGAUGGAGAAUAAAUUGCUUAAACCACGCAAGCCAUUCUUGCACCUCUCGCGCCAUCUCCAUGCCAUGCGCCGACCUAGGGGAGGUGGUGGCCGCUUCUUGAACACAAGGAAGAUGAAUGGAAGUACCAAUGAUGGUACAACCAAGACUAGUAACAGGAAAUCUCAACCCACUGGAUCACAGAAUUCUGAAGUUCUGCAGUCUGAUCAUAUAGGCAAUUUUAACUCACCAAAGGAAACAACAAGCAGAAUGUCCUGUAAUUCAUCAGAGGUUACAAGCUUCUACUCCAGGGGAGAUCUUGAUACUUAUCCAGUUCACAAUCCUAGGCCAUCAGUUCAGGCUUUUUUUUAUAUGAUGAAUACUGGCCAUGAUAUUCUCAUGGGCAGUAAGUGGGGUUCUGCAGCAGCAGAUAGUUGCUGCAACCUCAACAUUUGAUAACGUCGUCCUUACUACAACCAAAUUGACAUAUCUGGACUAUGUUCCUAUCGCGGUUUGGUUCCUUGGCUAUCGACAGGCAGUUCAUCCUUGGCUUAUCCGCAUUAAGGUGUCACCUCCAUCGUUCCAUUAGCUAUCAAGCUACAUGGAUGUUACUAGGUGCUAAAACCUUAAUGCAGUUUACUUAUAGCAAUAGUAAUACAUGUAUCCUAAACCUAAAUAAAGUUCAUGUGAAUGUCCAAAUAAUCAGGUUUGCGAUGUUGUGCAUAUAUAUGUUGGUUUGUAAAAAUACAGUUGAUCAUAUGUUGAUGAUUAAACUUGAUAUUCACUAAUGUGUAAUUUGGUGUGUUUUAGACUGGAAGUGUAUUUGGAUGGAAAUGAAGUGUUUAUGUUA